AUGUACGAUGAAUGCACGCUGAUGCGGUCUGGAAACCCGGCAACUCUGGUGACCAUCAACGAGGAGAGCCCCAACGGUCCUCCCUGGUCCCUUGCUCUACCCUGGACCCCUGCUCUACCCUGGACCCCUGCUCUGCCCUGGUCCAUUGCUCUGCCCUGGACCCCUGCUCUACCCUGGACCCCUGCUCUGCCCUGGUCCAUUGCUCUGCCCUGGACCCCUGCUCUGCCCUGGUCCUCCUUCUGA